CUUCAAAGGGCAAACGACAAGAAACAGCCAAUCAGGCCUUCUAUGACUCCUGAUCAACUUGAUAUGCUACUAUUUGAAAAAGUUUAAUUCAUCUAUUUUCAUUUUCAAAGCUCGAUUUAGCUAUGGGACAUUUGAAACCUCAAUAUCACAACUAUUCCUUGGAUGGUGCUGCUCUGCUGACUGCCGGAGCUAAUUCAUGGUGGAUGGUAAAUGUGUGGGACCUGGGUGUAAUAGUGUGAUAUGACACCUACUUCAAGACAUAGUAUGGCCAAAUGAAGUUUUUCCAUAGCACAAACUAGAUUGGAGGCAAGAAAGGGUAGGAAGGGCAACAAAUGGAGAAGGGAAAGAGUCAUUUUGUGCUUGUCCAUGGAGCCUGUCAUGGAGCAUGGUGCUGGUAUAAGGUGGUAACUCUGUUGAAAUCAGCGGGCCACCAAGUUACAGCUCUUGACCUAGCUGCUUUUGGGGUCCAUCCGAAGCAAGUGCAUGAGCUUCAUUCGAUGUCAGACUAUUCUGAACCAUUGAUGGAAUUCAUGGAGUCUCUCCCGCCGAAGGAGAGGGUAAUUCUGGUUGGCCACAGCAUGGGCGGGGUGACCAUUUCUAUUGCCAUGGAAAGAUUCCCUGAGAAAGUCUCUGUUGCAGUUUUUGCCCCUGCUAGUAUGCCGGGACCUGAACUCAGUUACAUUUCUUUGCGUCAAGCGUUCCAUAAGAGAUUGGGAUCCUUUAUGGACACACAAUUUACGUUUGAUGAUGGUCCUGAUAAGCCUCCAACUUCAUUACUCUUUGGGCCCAGUUUCAUGUCAACCAAGUUAUACCAGCUAUCCCUUCCUGAGGAUUUAACGCUGGCAACAAUGUUAGCCAGGCCUUUUGGUAUCAAUGACGAUGCAGCAUCAGUUGAAGAAACUGAACUGACCAGGGAGAAGUACGGAUGCGUGCGUCGAGUUUUCAUAGUGUGUGACAAAGACAAGGUCACAGACGAAGACUUCCAAAGGUGGAUGAUUGAAAACAAUCCACCAGAAGAGGUGAAGCUGAUUUCAGAAUCUGAUCACAUGGUUAUGUUUUCUAAACCCCAGGAGCUCUGCUCUUGCCUUGAAGAAAUUGCAGAGAAAUAUGAUUAGAGGGGCAAUGCUUGGUGGGUUAUAGGAAAUUUGCUCGAGCCAACUCUUAGCCUUGCUUGAUGCAUGGUGAAA